AUGAGCUACCUGGCAAUCGCCAAGCAAAAACAAGCUGAAUUGAAUGCUGCGAUACCAACAGCAUGGAAGCUCCCAGCUACAAUCCCACUGCUUACGCCUGCGGAAUCCAUCGCUGAACCGAAACGUUACGAAAAAACCAAUGUAAUGGAUAUUCCUCGUACUUGUGGACUUCUCACAACCAAGGAGCUGGAUAUCACCGAAAACUAUGAUAUACGAGGACUUGUACUGGCGAUGAAAGAAGGCAAAUUCAAAACUGAGGCGGUCAUUCAGGCAUUCUGCAAGAGAGCUGCAAUUGCCCAUCAAGUUACACGAUGUCUUACUCAGCCCCUCUUUGAUGCUGCAUUAAAGCGGGCGCGUGAUCUCGAUGACUACCUCGAUCGCACCGGUCACCCCGUUGGCCCAUUGCAUGGCCUUCCGGUCUCGGUCAAGGAUACAUUCAACAUCAAGGGCGUAGAUUCGAGCAUCGGUCUCUCUGCAUUGGCGUUCAAGCCCGCUUCGGCAAACGCUUCGCUCGUCGAUCUCCUCGAGAGUCUUGGUGCAAUUGUGGUGGCCAAGACAAACGUCCCUCAGACACUCGCCACUCUGGACAGUUGUAACCACCUAUUUGGGCGGACUCUUAACCCUCUAAACUAUCAAUGGACUGCAGGUGGAAGCUCUGGCGGCGAGGGUGUACUCGUUGCCAUGAGAGGUUCCAUGGUGGGAUUCGGGACCGAUAUCGGAGGAAGUAUUCGAGUGCCAGCAAUGAGUAAUGGAAUUUUUGGAUUCAAACCGAGUGAGGGGCGGGUUCCAUACGGUGGCAUGGAAAGUGGGCAAAUCCCUGGUAAGGGGAGGAUGAGUAUUCAGCCAGUUGCUGGUCCGAUUGCCAGAACAGUUGCUGAUUUGGGGGCUGUCAUGGCUGAGAUCGUGCCUCGUGCCGAACUUUUCGACGAAGACUGUAUUCCAGGUCAAUGGAACAAGCAAGCUCUAUCACCGGUCGCACCUACUACUCGGCGAAAAUUUACGAUUGGUAUCCUCAAAUCGGACGGACUGGUAACUCCCUUGCCACCUGUGGCUCGUGUCAUCGAUGAAGUCGCCCAGGUCUUACGUCAGACGCCUGGUGUCGAGGUUGUUGAUAUACCGACACCUCCUACGAUGAGAAAGUGCCAAGCAGUAGCUGGUAGACUCAUGGGUGUCGACGAUAAUUCAACAAUGAUGGAUCUCAUUGAAAGUACUGGGGAACCACUUAUCCCCUGGUUGCAGGGUCGGUAUGGACGUGGCAAGGCAUUGACUAUCAACCAGCUAGCAGACCUACACGCGCAACGCUCUCAGUUGGAGAAAGAGAUGAUGGAGAUGUGGACGCUUCAAGGUGGAAGUUCAUCCCGCGAAAGACGUGUGGAUGCAAUAAUUUGUCCAGUGGCACCGCACCCGGUCCCUGAGAUAGAUCGAUAUAAUGCAGUAGGAUACACCUCAAUGAUGGUGUUGUUGGAUUAUCCGGCUGGAACAAUUCCAGCGCGAAAGCUUGUUGAGGAAGAUUUGGAGGUGGAGCUCUCUUCACCAGAGCUGGGCAGCUGGGACAAGGCGAAUCGCAAAUUAUGGAAUGAGACUGAUCGCCGAGUGUAUUUGGAUUCGCCGCUCAGUGUCCAGGUGUUUACCCCGAAGCAGAGAGACUAUGAUCUAUUCCAGGCGAUGGAGCUUGUCGACGAUGCAGUGCAGAAGCGACCUACUACUGUCAACUCCAGGCUGUAG